AUGGAUACCACAAAGAUCAUCCUCGACACGAGGGUGGACCUGCUCGACGCAAAUGACUAUGCCACCUACGCGUCCAAGUUGUCCACACGCCUUCGAAGCACCAAGAAGAGACUCGGCAUCCCGGGGAAGAGCCAUGGCAAGCCGUCGAAUGUCGACAUAACCCCGGCGCAGCUGGCCCAGAACCACGAGUUCAUCCACGUCCCUCUUCUCAAGGCCGAGAGGUGCUGGGCCAAGUCCAUGGCGUGGCAUUCGCGAGACACCAUCACAAGCGAUACCCGCUCCAACAUCAUCUCGAAGCUCGUAAAAGCCGCCAAGGUCGUCGAGAACCUCGUUGCCACGCUGUCCGACAGUGCAAGCGGUGCCACCCCUUCAGAUGUUCUCAGCGCGAAGGCCUAUGCCGCGGUAUUGAAGGGUGACUCUUCGUCCCGGGCCAAGAGGUGGGAGGAUUGUCUCAGCAGCUAUAGUGUCGCAAAGGUCAUCUACAGUGUACUGCCGCCGCCCGGCGUCGAGGGGAACACCUUCAGGGACCACGUGUCAGAUCAUGUCGAUACUCCUCUACGCCUCGCACAGCGCCAGCAGAACAUCUCGACGUCGAUCUCCCUCCUGUCUCUCGCGAAGCAGUAUCUGCCACAAUCCGACAAGGCUCUUGUCGCCGGCGUGGAAGAGGUGAAACCUGGGUUUUUGAAGCAAGAUGAAGAUACCGAUAUGACCAACGGCGGUCCACUCAAGACGGUCAAGUGGAGAACUAGGGAGGUUCCUGUGGAAGAUGCUGAAAUUGCCUCGAAAUUGGCCGCCUUGGAGACUGCUGCGUCCGAGUUGUCCCAAAAGCUGGGCGCCUCGUCAGACCUGCGGCCCAACGUCAAGGCUGAGGCCUAUGAUGGCGUUCUCGAGAUGAGCAACUACGCCAUCGAUGCCACGCUCCAGGCCAUCGACGAGCUGAAGCAGCAGAGCGUGCCCCAAGGCGACCCACGCAUGCAGAAUCUGGCAAUAUUGCGGACGAAGCUUAAGUACGACUUGCUGAGCUGGCAGAUAGGGCGGAAUCGGGUGUUGCUAGGGCAGCAUGAUGGCGCAUUGCUAGAGGACGGCCCAGGUUUGAAGAAGAGCAAAACUGCAGGCGACGCGGCACCCGGCAUCAAGGACAGCCAGCAGGUCAAGCAGUUGGAAAAGAAGACCAACGUGUACAACAAGACGCUACAGAUCCUGGAGGCGGCAAAGGAGCUUCCGGGUGUCGCGGCGGACGAGCACCUUGCAGCAGAGAUUGACGCCGUGUCGAAAUAUUUUGCGGCGCUGAAGUCUCUCGCAAUUGCUCGCUCUCACACACUGGUUGGCAAUCCUGCGAAUGCCCUCGCCCUUACUAAACACGCCCACGAUCAGAGCCAGGCUGCUUUACCGGUGCUCGCCAAGAACAGCAAAAACAACGAGACCGGCCUGAAAACCAUCGAAGUCAUCAGCCCAGAGGCUGAAUUCCUCCAGAACCUAUUGAAAGGAGAACUGCAGCGUUGCCGGGCACUGGUCGAGAUUGCGAACCUGCGGAAGCAAGCCGACAAGGGAGACGCAAAGGCGGCACAACCACCCCUGAUCGAUAGGCUUGGCCAGUAUCCCUCCAAAGGGGUCAACCUCGAGAACAUUGUCACCUAUCCCCCCAAGAUGGAACCGAUUCCCAUCAAGCCACUGUUCUUGGAUGUUGCAUUUAACCACGUGCAAUAUCCCAAGGAGAAGUCAGCGAAGGCGGGCGCCAUCGAGGCCAAGACGAGCGCCAAGUCUGGGGAGCCUGAGAAACAGCCUGCUAAGAAGGGCUGGUUUGGAUUUGGAAGGGGCUAG